AUGAUCGGGCUGCUGAGUUUCCUCCUGUGCGUGGCCCUUGCCUCGGCCUGUGGCCGACCUAGCAUCAACCCCGCAGCCCGGGUGGUCAAUGGCGAGGAUGCUAUCCCCUACAGCUGGCCCUGGCAGGUCUCCCUGCAGUAUGAGAAGAACGGAGCCUUCCACCACACCUGCGGAGGCAGCCUCAUCGCCCCUAACUGGGUCAUGACCGCCGGCCACUGCAUCUCGAGCUCCCUCACCUACCAGGUGGUGUUGGGUGAGUACGACCGGGCUGAGCAAGAGGGCCCCGAACAGGUGAUCCCCAUCAACUCCAACGAAAUCUUUGUGCAUCCCCUCUGGAACGGAAACUGCGUGGCCUGUGGCAACGACAUCGCCCUCAUCAAGCUGUCUCACAGCGCCCAGCUCCGAGAAACCGUCCAGCUUGCCUGCCUCCCUCCUGCCGGAGAUAUCCUGCCCAACAAUGCCCCCUGCUACAUCAGUGGAUGGGGCCGUCUCUACACUGGCGGGCCACUCCCUGACAAGCUGCAGCAGGCCCUGCUGCCCGUGGUGGACCACGCACACUGCUCCCAGUGGGACUGGUGGGGCAGCACUGUGAAGAACACCAUGGUGUGUGCUGGCGGGGACAUCCGCUCCGGCUGCAACGGUGACUCUGGAGGACCCCUCAACUGCCAGGCCGCUGAUGGUAGCUGGCAGGUCCAUGGUGUGACCAGCUUUGUUUCCGCCUUCGGCUGCAACACCCGCAAGAAGCCCACUGUGUUCACACGGGUGUCCGCUUUCAACGACUGGAUCCAGGAGUUGGGCAAAGACUAA